GUGAUGGAAACUCCAAAAUCUCCAGCGUGUACAUCAACAACACUCAUGGGAUGGAUGACGACGACUUCUACGACAGAAACUUGGCCUUAUUUGAGGAGGAGAUGGACACUCGACCGAAGGUGUCUUCUCUGCUCAAUCGCCUGGCCAACUACACCAACCUGACACAGGGAGCCAAGGAACACGAGGAGGCCGAGAGCAUCGGCGAGAAGAAGAAAGCCAGCAAGCGGGAGGCGCCUACUUCAUGAUCAGCCGCUCUCUGGGUCCAGAGUUUGGGGGGGCGGUGGGCCUGUGUUUCUACCUGGGCACCACCUUCGCUGGAGCCAUGUACAUCCUGGGAGCCAUCGAGAUCCUUCUGAUGUACAUCGCACCCAAGGCAGCCAUUUUUGAGUCAAAGCAUCCCGAAGGCGAAGGGGCAGCCAUGUUGAACAACAUGCGGGUGUACGGCUCCAUCUGUCUCCUCCUGAUGUCCCUGCUGGUCUUUGUGGGCGUGAAGUAUGUAAACAAACUGGCCUCCAUCUUCUUGGCCUGCGUCAUCGUCUCCAUCGUUUCCAUCUACGUCGGUGCGCUGGUGUCCGCCUUCAAACCGCCACGUUUCCCUGUUUGCAUGCUGGGAAACAGAACCAUCAGCGGCCAUGAAAUCGAUGACAACCACUGUGGGAAAACAAUCCUGGUGCAAAACCAAGAGCUACCGGAGAGAGUGGACGACAACUUCACAAUUAUUAACGAAAACAGCACCAUGGCCCCGACCUUUGACCCCAGCUCUGUUCAGGUGGAGAAGACCACAUAUCUUUGGAAGCGCUUUUGCCAGGGCACUGAACUCAACGCCUCCUGUGAUGAAUACUUCAACUCCAACAAUUUUUCUAACAUUGAAGGGAUCCCCGGUCUGGCCAGUGGGAUCAUUUCAGAGAACCUGUGGAGCGCCUACCUCAGCAAAGGGGAUGUGGUGGAGAAAGGCUCCCUGCACUCCUCUCUUGUCUCACAUCCAGCAUCCACUCAUCAGCCUUAUGUGUUCGCUGACAUCACCACCUCCUUCACACUGUUGGUGGGCAUCUUCUUCCCCUCUGUCACAGGAAUCAUGGCGGGUUCGAACCGGUCGGGGGAUCUGAAAGACGCGCAACGAUCCAUCCCCAUUGGAACCAUUCUCGCCAUCCUCACCACCUCCAUUGUCUACCUGAGCAGCGUUGUUCUGUUUGGAGCCUGCAUCGACGGGGUGGUCCUCAGAGACAAGUUUGGAGACUCUGUUAAAGGGAAUCUGGUGGUGGGUACUCUGGCGUGGCCCUCUCCCUGGGUCAUUGUGAUCGGCUCUUUCUUCUCAACGUGUGGCGCAGGCCUCCAGUCGCUGACCGGCGCUCCCCGACUCCUGCAGGCCAUCGCCAAGGACAACAUCAUCCCCUUCCUCCGG